AGGAGGGGACGCGGUGGGGGCUGAUGAGCGGCGGGAGGCCGGGCCUGGGGGAGAUGGGAGGCGGGAGGCCCCCGGGGCGGGAUGCUCUAAGCGCGGAGGCCGCCGGUGAGAGCCCCACGCGGGUUCGGUUGAGGCUCCGGGCUGAGCCAGCGGUGUCCGCAGGCUGGAGGGAGGCGGUGGCAGCCGCCGUCGGUGCCCUGCAGGAGGGCGGGCUGGUGGCCGUGCCCACGGACACGGUGUACGGCGUGGCCUGCCUGGCCCAGGACUCCCGCGCCGUGCGGAGCAUCUACAGCCUGAAGGGGCGGAACGGGACGAAGCCGCUGGCUAUCUGCCUCGGGGACGUGGAGCACAUCUACAGGUACUGCCACGUGAAUGUGCCGGACGAGCUGCUGCAGGACCUGCUCCCGGGACCUGUGACCCUGGUCUUAAAGCGAUCGGAAGAAUUAAAUAAAGACUUGAACCCUUUUACAUCGUUGGUUGGUGUUCGCAUUCCAAACCACCCUUUUAUUAGGGAGUUGGCACGAGCUUGCCCUGGACCAUUGGCUUUAACAAGUGCUAACGUCAGCAGUCAGGCGAGCACGCUGACGGUUUCGGAGUUCCAAGACCUUUGGCCUCAGUUGUCCUUAGUUGUUGAUGGAGGCCCCAUAGGGGAUGUCCAGAGCCCACAGUGUCGUUUGGGGUCAACUGUGGUUGACUUAUCUGUGUCGGGGAAAUUCACCAUCAUUCGUCCCGGCUGUGCACUGACAGCUACAGUUGAGAUCCUGAGGCAGAAGUAUGGCUUGGUCCCCGAAUCAUCUUAAGACUUCAGACUGUGAGGCUCUACAGAGCUGGUAAAGCUGGACACUAUGUGCCUGUGCAUUCAGCAGACGGUGUUAAUGGCCUUGUUUAAUGAGGUUGAUGAGUUGUGUCAGGUCAGUAAACAAAGGUAAUGAGAGUAACAGUUGAUGCUUAUUUGUUAAUUAGCGUUACAUCUCCUGAAGCCCGAGAAACUAUUUAUGCUAAACUCUUUGUGCUGCUGUACAAUUUCCAAAUACCUGUCUGUUUUAAUAACAUGAUCUAAAAUAAAAUAAUUUGAGUAUUA